CCGAUGAAAGGGGACGGGACGCGAGUCAGUGAGGAGGGGGCUAAUGUCUGUAGAAACGAGUCGGACGUCUGCUGCUUCACUGGUGUGCUGAUGCUGCUGCUGAGAUCAUCUGGGGAGAUCGCAUGACCUGCUGCUGCUGCUGCUGCUCGCCCUCCUCUUGUUCUUCUUCUUCCUUCUCUUCCUCUUCCUGUUCUACUUGUUGUCGCUGUCGCUCGUGGUGGUGGUGGUGUUGUCGUUGUUAACACCUCCUCUUCCUUUUUUCCAACCCCACCCACCCAUCGGCCCAUCGGCAUCAGCUUGGCACUCCCGGAGAACGCAGAUGAUGGUGGGGUUGUGCUGCUGCUGCCGCUGCUGCUGCAGGAGGAGGUCUGGAGUUUGAGCAAGGUCGUUCACAGAGGACGAGCUGUUGAUCCAAAGAACGGGAGCAGAGUAGAGCACGAGUUCGAGCAUCGAGAGAGAGCCCCGAGAGGAGCGAAAGAAGCAGAGCUAGAGUCAGCAAGAGACCGCCGAGAGAGCGAGGGAGAGCUAGAGAGAGUGAAGGUGAGGCUAAGCAGGAGACGAGGCACGGGGAGAAAAAAAGCAGAAGUAGUAGAGGAGAGGUGGAAGCUGCACGCUUGCAGCAACAGCGGGAAGGAGUAGUAGGUUGGUGGUGGGGGUUGAAGAAAGUACGCAGCACGAAGUGAGACGCUUAGAGAAGAGGACCUGCAGGGGAGUAGAGAGUGGUACAGGGGUGGAAGACAUGAGUUCCACCGCAGGGGUGAGGGUGGUGGUGGUCGGAGAAGCAGGAACGGGUAAAUCCAGCCUUAUCAUCGCUGUUGCAACUGACUCCUUCCCGGAUAAAUCACCGCCGGUUCUGCCCCCGACUCGUCUUCCCAACGAUUUCUAUCCCGAUCGCGUUCCCGUCACCAUUAUCGACACUUCCUCGAGACCCGAGGACAAGGGGAAGUUGGAAUUAGAAUGUAAGAAGGCAGAUGCUAUUGUCCUCACUUACGCAUGUGAUCGACCACAUACUCUCGACCAACUCUCCAACUACUGGCUGCCAGAACUGCGCCAGUUAGAGGUGAAGGUUCCCGUCAUAGUGGUGGGUUGUAAGUUAGAUCUUCGGGAUGAUCGACAACCAAGCUUAGAGCAAGUGAUGGCUCCUCUCAUGCACGAGUUCAGAGAAGUCGAAACAUGCAUCGAGUGCUCUGCUGUCAAACAAAUUCAGGUUGCAGAAGUUUUUUAUUAUGCGCAGAAAGCAGUACUGCAUCCUACUGCACCCUUAUUUGAUCAAGAAACUCAAACAUUAAAACCGCGUUGCGUACGCGCUUUGAAAAGAAUAUUCAUUCUUUGUGAUCAUGACCGAGACGGAGCACUAAAUGAUUCAGAGUUGAAUGACUUCCAGGUGAAAUGUUUUAAUGCCCCCCUUCAACCUUCAGAAGUUGUAGGAGUGAAGAAGGUUGUUUCGGAGAAAAUGUCAGAAGGGGUUAGCGAAAAUGGCUUGACGCUAACGGGAUUUUUAUUCUUACACGCACUUUUUAUUGAGCGUGGUCGGCUGGAAACUACGUGGACCGUUUUGCGCAAAUUUGGCUAUGAUGAUGAGAUAAAGUUGCGAGAUGAUUUGUUGCAAAAUCCGUCUUUCAAGCGAGCUUCUGAUCAGAGUGUGGAGCUUACAGACAAAGGAAUAGACUAUCUGAAGGGAGUCUUUUCUGCAUUUGACAUCGAUGGGGAUGGCGCUCUUCGCACUCAAGAGCUUGAAGAGCUUUUUUCGACUUCUCCUUCAAGUCCUUGGGACGACCCUGAGUACAAGGACUCCGUGGAGACUAAUGCUGCGGGCGCCAUGACCCUGAAUGGAUUCUUAUCACAGUGGGCUUUGAUGACCGUUCUUGAUCCUCUUAAAAGUCUGGCUCAUCUCAUAUACAUAGGAUUUCCCGGAGACCCCUCAUCAGCUUUCAGAAUCACUAGACGUCGUCGGCAAGAUCGCAAGCGCCAACGUUUGCAGCGAAGUGUUUUACAAUGUUACGUUUUCGGUCCAACGAAUGCUGGAAAAUCUGCUCUUCUGAACGCCCUCAUCGGCAGGCCGUAUAACGAAACAUAUGUGCAUACAGAGGGUGACCGAUACGCUGUCAACUCUGUCGAGCAGCUGGGUGGCUCGAAGAAGACACUGAUAAUGAAAGAAAUCAACGAAGAAAUCGUUCCAGGUUUUUUGGAAAAGAAAGACGCAUUAGCUUCAUGUGAUGUGGCCGCGUUUGUUUACGACAGUUCUGAUGAGGCAUCAUGGAAACGUGCUGCCGAACUCUUGUUAGAGGUUGCCGCACAUGGCGAAUCGAGUGGCUUUGAGGUUCCAUGUCUUCUGGUUGCUGCAAAGGAUGAUAUGGAACCUGACCCCAACGCCAUUCAGAACUCAGCAAGGGUGUGUACUGACAUGGGUGUAGAAGCACCAAUCUCAGUGAGUAUGAAACUUGGUGAUAUCGGCAACUUGUUCCGUCGCGUCGUAGACGCAGCCCAACGUCCCCAUCUCAGCAUACCAGAAACUGAGGCGGGUAGAAGUCAUAAACACUACCGGCAGUUGGUCAACCGUUCUGUAACUCUCGUGGCAGUUAGUACGGCUGUGGUGGUUGCCGGUAUAGCCAUCUAUCGGGCCUAUUCAUUACGCAAACAUUCUUCUAGCUAGACGAUACUGUCAAUGUGUGAAUCAAGAGCUUGAGUGAUUGUAGAUGGUGAGGAGUUCCAAGCACCACAUCAAGUCAGAACAUUUUGCCCUUUAGGGGGAAGAAAUUCUAGCCAACUGUAUUCAUAUGCCUUCUGUAGAUUUUGCCAUCCCUUCAGCUGCUUGUAGAUGUCAACGCUCAAAAUAAUUGAGAGCUUGCAGCGACGUCCCAACUUGUUGUACCCAUUCGCCACUGGGCACGUAUUCUUAGGACAGUCGUGCAUUUUAGGUCGUAGGGGUGUGCCACUUUUGAUCAAUCAUGCAUGCGUUCUGUUCGCUAGACAUUUUAGGCCUUCCAUGUGCCACCACUUUGUAGCACUAUCGGGAGGCAGGAUGGCUUUCAUACGAUGAGUACUUUAAUGCCUUAGUCCUGCAGAUCUGAGAGGAUGCCCGGCCAUUUCUCUACCCUCUUCCUUCGGCUUUGAGAAAAGAUCAGUCUCGGGCAUAUCUUAUUGAUCUGAUCAGUGAUUCCCUUCGAAGUAUAUAAACGCUGUCCAAGGGGUUCGAGGAGCAGAGCGAUGAGCAAAGGUUGCAUUGCACAUCCUUGGUCCACUGCACACGACCUCACACCGAAAUAGACAAUUUUGUAACCCCGUUUCUCUUCCCUGUUGUGUAAACAAAUGUUUAUCAGAUUGAAACUUCGGCUAUAGGUUAAGAGCGUAGGUAUAUGGCCCUACUGGUCGACUGUGUUUGGAGUCUGGACAACACUUGGUCUGUUGUGCCGUAACUUCAUAAGUGAACAAAUUUUGAUGAGAUGGUAAAGCAUGGGUUCAUUCGGGUUAAGCACUUGAGCUGCUUUCAGCUUAUACGUCGGAACACGUAAACAAGCAGCUGAUUCGUGCCUGCUUCUGGAAUCUUCGCACAAAUCUUUACGAAUUUCUUGUGCCUGCAGAACUUUCCUUAGAAUAUGUUUGGUGGAAGUGAUUUGGUCGUUUGAUGACAUGUAAUAGGAACUCUUGCAAAGUGAUGCGAUUUGUUGUAGUACAGAGUGUUUUAACGCUCCUAAAUGAGUGGAUAAUUGAAAUAAUCUCAUUAUUAUGUUUCGUUGUGUGAUCCAAUUAAAGAACGGACGUAGAUCACGGUCAGAAGAAAAGGUGGCUGUAGGGAUCCUAGCUUUUAAGUUUUAUUUACGGACAUCUAUUGGAAAAGAUCUUCAUGCAGCAACUGCUCUCUAUUUAUGUCUUUGAUGUAUGGCGGAUGUUCCCCAGAGAUGAAAAGUAUUUUCCACGCCGAUUCUGGUUUCAAGAACGCCAUAGAGGACAAAUAAAUAUAAUCUCAGAAAAGUUGUAAAUCUUGUGAUGAAGCUGCUGGGAAUAACCUGAGACUGAUUAAUUGACACUCAUCGACUGACGAGUGAAAUUGCAGCCACAGUUUUUCUUUCUACCCGGUUAUGAAGUGUGCGUUCGUGUUUUUCCUUUUCUUGCGACAGAUCUGGUCCUAGCAACAUGUGAUGUAAAACAUUGCCUUGGUUUUCUCGCAGGCAUGCGCAGUAUGCGGAUAAUUUUGCAAAGGAUUAUGUUUAGAUGUACAAUAGACCUGUGUUACUUUCUGAAGGGGUAUAUGAAAAGCUGCACCGGGCUACUAUCGAAAGUUAAGGAAGGAUUGCCAGAUGCAUCUUGUCAUGUAUGAGAUAUGGGCCCCGCUAUAUGUUCAUUGAUUUUCUAGUGUGGCAUCACUCUUUAAGACGAAGGUUGAUUCCACUACUAAUAAAAUUCAUCCCAACGGUGUAAAUUCAGCUC